AUGGUUAAAGAUAAAUACCCGCUACCCAUCAUAGAUGAACAUAUUGAUAAGCUGGCUGCUGCGAGGGUGUUUAGCGCCCUAGACCUUAAGAAUGGAUUUUUCCACCUGAGAGUUAGCGAGGAAUCUAUAAAGUAUACCUCCUUCGUUACUAUGACGGCUCAGUAUGAAUUUUUAAGAGCUCCGUUUGGCCUAUCCAUCUGUCCCAAGGUUUUCACCCGUUUUAUCUCAAUAAUAUUCAGGGAUCUGAUUACUAGAGGUGUUGUUGUAAUAUUCAUAGACGAUUUGUUAAUUCCAGCAUUAACAGAGGCACAAGCUGUCGAGAGGUUGCAAGAAGUUUUGCAAGUUGCUAUGGAGUAUGGACUAGAAAUAAACUGGUCAAAGUCACAGCUGCUGGUGCGGAAAGUAGAGUACCUUGGGCAUGUAAUCGAAGGUGGAGCAGUUACGCCAUCGCCAGGAAAGACCGAGGCGGUCCUAAAAUUUCCUGAGCCCAGAAAUGAGAAGCAACUGCUCAGUUUCUUGGGACUUUGUUCAUAUUUUAGAAAGUAUAUUCAAAACUUUGCUACUAUAGCCAAACCUCUCACAGAUUUGUUAAGAAAAGACAGAAAAUUUGAGUUUCAUGAUGAACAUAGAUUGGCAUUCAACACUCUGAAGAAUAAAUUGGCAAGUAAACCUGUUUUAAAAAUUUAUGAUUCAAAAGCACCCACUGAGCUGCAUACUGAUGCAUCUUGUGUGGCAUAUGCGGCUAUACUACUACAGAAAGACGUUAAAGGAAAGGAAAGAUGCUUGGUUAUACCACAAAGGAUGGAGGUGGAAAUAAUCAAGAGAGCACAUGAUAAUGGUCAUUUCUCAAAGAAGAAAACUAUUGAAUUGAUAAGUAAGGACUAUUUCAUAACUCACCUGGAUAAGAAAGUUGAAGAGUAUAUAUCUACCUGUAUCCCAUGUCUCCUUGCUUCACGAAAAGAAGGUAAACAAGAAGGAUAUUUGAACCCCAUAGAAAAAGGUGAUACACCCCUACAUACUCUGCACAUUGACCAUAUAGGACCACUUACCGAAACUCGCAAACAAUAUAAUUACAUACUCACAGUUGUUGACGGAUUCACUAAGUUUGUGUGGCUGUUUCCUACAAAGAGUACAACCACUCAAGAAGUAUUGAGGAAGCUGGAAAUACAUCAACAGGUGUUUGGUAACCCUGCAAGGAUUAUCUCUGACAGGGGUACUGCCUUUACGAGCAAUGAUUUCGCUGAGUAUUGUAAGCAAGAGGGAAUAGAGCAUGUUAAAAUAACCACCGGCGUUCCAAGAGGGAAUGGUCAAGUGGAGAGGGUGCAUCGGACAAUCAUCGGGGUCUUGACAAAAUUAUCAGUGGAACAACCUACGUUGUGGUAUAAGUUGGUGAGUAGUGUGCAAAGAGCGCUCAACAGCAAAUAUCACAGAAGUAUCAAUAAUACACCUUUCCAAUUGCUUCUUGGAACGAAGAUGAGAAGGAAGGAAGAUGUUGAAAUAUUAGAUUUAUUAAAACAAGAAGAAAGGGAAAGUUUCAUUGAGGAUAGGGAAGAAUUAAGAAAGAGUGCCAAGCAACAGAUUCUAAAGAUUCAAGAAGAAAACAGAAGAAAUUACAACAAGAAGAGAAAGCCAAGCAGGAAGUAUGAAGAAGGUGGACUUGUUGCUGUGAAGAGAACCCAAUUUGGAACUGGCCUUAAACUCAAGCCAAAGUUUUUGGGACCUUACAAGGUGGUGAAGGUAAAGAGAAAUGAUAGGUAUGAUGUAGAGAAGGCUGACUCACGAGCGGAGGGUCCUCUCAGAACUACAGCAUCAGCAGACCAUAUGAAACCAUGGCCUGACUAUAUGAGUGACACAGAGUGA